AUGGCCUCUUCUCGUGUCUUCGCCUCCCGCCUGGCCUCCCAGAUGGCCGUCAAGGCCGCUCGCCCUGCCGUGCGCGCCCCUGUCGCUGCCGCCAGCAAGCGAACCAUCUCUGGCGCCGCCAGCCCUCUCCAGGCCAUGAAGCGCCAGACCCUCCUCCAGGCCACCACCCGCAACGCCUUCCAGGUCCAGCGCCGUGCCUACUCCUCCGAGAUCGCCCAGGCCAUGGUUGAGGUCUCCAAGAACCUGGGUAUGGGUUCCGCCGCCAUUGGUCUGACUGGUGCCGGUAUUGGUAUCGGUCUCGUCUUCGCUGCCCUCCUCAACGGUGUUGCCCGCAACCCCGCUCUCCGAGGCCAGCUCUUCUCCUACGCCAUUCUGGGUUUCGCUUUCGUCGAGGCCAUCGGUCUUUUCGACCUGAUGGUUGCCCUCAUGGCCAAGUUCACCUAA